AAAAAUUGACUGUCAAAAAUAUGGAGGCUUUUGUUGCCUAUUGUCAUGAUUUAGAUUUGUUGAGCAGCCCCAAAGAUAAAUGUCUUAUAGCAACGACUGCCACAAUUUCGGCUCUAUGUGGAUCAUUUUUUCUGUGGAAAAAAUUGAAAAAUAAUAAAAAAUUGGACAUCCACAUGGAUGGAGUUGUCUCACCUGGAUUUGAAAAAGUUGCAGAUGCAUUUAGGAAAAAUCUAGAGACUGGCUGGGAAAAAGGCGGGAAUUUUUCCGCUUAUUACAAUGGAAAUUUGGUCGUAGACCUUUGGGGAGGUUUCGCUGAUGAAGAAAGUUUGAAAUUGAGGAGAGAAGAUUCUACAUCUCUGGCUUUUUCUGCUACCAAGGGUGUUGUGGCUAUCUGCAUGGCUCACCUGGUUGAGAGAGGAUAUCUUGAUUACAAAAAGACUGUAGCGACUUAUUGGUCGGAGUUUGCUCAAAAUGGAAAAGAGAAUAUAACAGUAGAGAUGCUUCUGAGUCAUCAGGUUGACGGACUUUAUUUUAUUAGCGGAGGAUUUGAUUUCUCUAUGAUAAUGGAUGACAAUGAAAAGUUGGAGCGUCUGCUUGCCGAGCAAAAACCCAUGUGGAAGCCAGGAACUAAACAUGGCUACCACGCAAUGACCUUUGGCCUCUACUGUGACCAGCUGGUCAGAAGGGUCGACCCCAAACGUAGAACUCUCUGGGAGUACUAUGAAGAGGAGAUCGCCAUUCCGUUUGAUAUCGAGUUCACCAUGCAAGAGAAACUGGAAAACUUCUACAAGGCUUGCAGACACGGAAGGGCGAAUUUUGGCUGGGGCUUUACCCUCUUCAGGACCUUGCCAGUCAUGCUGGGAUACUGUUUCACCCUUUUGUGGUACUACAUCCAGAAUGGUAAGAUUUACAUGAGGAAUUUAUUCGGAAAUGUUAGGGACCUUGACUACAAAAGGUUCAACGACCCCUACAUUAGAAACAUACCCUGCGGCUCUUCCUCUGGCGUGGGCACUGCCAGGGGUCUGGCCAAACUUUAUGGCAUCCUAGCCAAUCAGGGGCUACUACCCGAUAGCUCAAAUGACCUUUUGACCUUUAGUAAGGACCAGUUAUCUGAUGUCGAAAUAGCCGAAAAUUUUGUUGUUAAUUUGCAUAGACCGCAGGAUGGAAGUUCUGGAAAAAUACUGUUGAAACCGGAAACGAUAAACUUGUUGUCGGAACAGCUGACCGAAGAAAGAGACCACGUUAUCGUCGCCAAGUUACCGUUUGGCAGAGGAAUGAUGGUGGAUUUUAACUACAGAAACAAAAAAAGAUUAGUAUUCGGGCACAUGGGGGCAGGUUGCCAGGUGGGUCUCUGUGACCCCAAGCUCAAAAUCGGGUGGGCCUACCUCACUAAUUAUGCCAACCCCUUCUACGGCCUUGACAACGUUGAAAUGAGGUAUGACCCGCUCGAGAAAGCCUUAUACGAAUGCGUUGAAAAUAUAAAGGAUUAUAAAAUCAUGUAAUAGUAGUAGUAACAGCAGCCGAAAUAGUGGUAGUAGCAGUAGUAACUUUGACAGCUUCAGCGGCGCUUGCUUUGAAGCUACUAAACUUGGGUAUAAGCAUUUGGGCGGAUCUUUUACUAACUUUAAAAUGUGUUUUUAAGCCCAGUUGAAUUUUUUAGAAAUUAGAUUAUAUAAAUUUGAUUGAUUGAUUUCUCCCUGAUUCUGCAUGUCACUUCAAGCCCAAAACCAUCGGUCUUAUACUCAAUUAUGCUCAUGUUCAAGUUAUUUUUGUGUUUUUAUUUACAAAAUAGAUUAUUUUAUU